AUGGUUUUGUUGCCUGCAGAAUUAGAAGGACAGAGUGGUGAAAAUACUUCAAAUUCUGAAACUUGUUUACCGAAGGAAACUGUUUAUCAAGUUAAAUGGAUAAAUUUUAAUGAGGCUCCCUACGCAGUGGUUACACAAAAUGAAAAUGGGCCAUGUCCUCUGUUAGCCGUAAUCAACGUGCUUCUUUUACGAGGUCAAGUUUCGCUUCCAAAAAAUUUUAAGCAGGUCAGCGAACAACACUUGUUAGAACUGGUUGGGGACUGCAUUCUCAAGUUGAAACCAAAAAACUUGGUGGAAGCAGAACAAAAAAACUAUGAGAAAAUAAUUGACGACGUUCUUGGACUGGUUCAAACUCUGCCUACUGGAUUAGACGUUAACCCGUACUUUACAGGGGCUCGUCUUUUUGAAUUUACCUCAUCAUGUUCUUUUUUUGAUCUUCUUGGAAUACGAUUGUUACAUGGUUGGGUGGUAGAUCCGGAACAGAAGCAGCUGGUGGAAAUAUUAAAAGGUUUGGGUUACAAUCAAGUUGCUGAAAGGGCACUCAAUUCAAGUUACGAUGAAAAUGCCCCCCUAUUUCAACAUUUUCUGGAGUCUACCGCCUCUCAGCUAACAGUUCAUGGAUUAUUUGAGCUCUCGAAAGAAUUAACCGAUGGAGAAGUUGCUGUUCUUUUCCGCAACAAUCAUUUUCAUACUCUAUGCAAAAAUCAGUCAGAAUUGUAUGUACUCGUAACUGACCAGGGCUACCUUAAUGAGCCGUAUAUUGUGUGGGAAACGCUAAAUUCUGUUGAUGGGGAUUCAACUUUUGUGGAUGCUCGGUUUGUAGACUCUACCGUUUCGAAGCAAAAAGCCGAAGAGAAAGUUUCGGAGGAGAGCGAGUAUGUAAAAUUUGCAAAUUGA